AUGGCUGGCGAAGCAUUUGGAUUUCCUCGUCUCUACAAGAACAGGCUGAAGGACCCUGACAAGGACUGGAGGGAACGAGGGGGAGGCGCGAAGUCAAUUACACCCAUCGCCAAUCACCGUCGACGAGAGGCUAUUGUCGGAGCUGAUCCCAGAAUAGGCGCAGGUCCUGGUGGAGGUGAGGUGAGCCCGACUCCUUCAGGCUUAGCUCCGUUUGGAAAAGACAAUGACGAUGAGUCUCUGUCUAUCUUUUCAGACCAACAAGUACCUGCCAAGAAGAUAGAUGUAGACAUCCCAAAAGAGAGAGAGAGAGUAGUUGGUAACAAAAUUCCCUCUAAGCUCACCAUGCAGCAAACGGGCGUCUCGCGCUGCAACCUUCCCCCCUCGAACAUGGCACUGCCCGCAACAUCAAACAUACUCAGGCAAAGGGAAAUCUACCAACCUGAGCGGCUAUUUUUGUUUUCUAACCUACUGAUCCAAUAA